CUGCUGUCACACAUUCUUUCAUUUUCUAGGCGGAAGAUGUAACACCUCUUGCCAUCGAGAAUGAUGAACUGCUGUUUUCUUGUGCUCAUCGUCGCGUGUAUUUCAGGAAACUAUUUCUCGCAUUUCGUUUCAGCAGGCAUAAUCAUUGUUCAACCAGUAAACACCACAAUCACAGAGGGAGAAACGCUCUCCAUCAAUUGCACCACAACAAAUACGACGAACGUGUCCGGUCUCAACUUCACGUGGAGCAAAGUUGGUGAAGGAAGUGUUUUGGGGAGGUCAAGUCAGUUGACUAUUUUAGACGUUAACAGGACUGAUGAAGGAGAAUACAACUGCGCAGCAACAAAUGGAACAGUAAAUUGGACUGCGGUAGCCACAGUGACCGUAUUCUAUCCACCUCACAUAGUCUCUUCAAGCGGAAAUCUUACAGUUAACGAAUCUUUUGAAACAAACCUGUUUUGUAUUGCUACUGGCAAUCCUUCACCUAGCAUACUGUGGAGCCUUCCAAACGGGUCCAAUAACGGCCAAUUCCUUACGUUCAAGAAUACGUCAAAAAGUCAGCAUGGUAGAUACUCUUGCAAGGCAACCAAUCUUCUUGGCAACAGUUCUACGACUGUGAUGUUUUUGAACGUGCAGUAUCCACCUGAGAUAGUCUCUUCAAGCGGAAAUCUUACAGUUAACGAAUCUUUUGAAACAAACCUGUUUUGUAUUGCUACUGGCAAUCCUUCACCUAGCAUACUGUGGAGCCUUCCAAACGGGUCCAAUAACGGCCAAUUCCUUACGUUCAAGAAUACGUCAAAAAGUCAGCAUGGUAGAUACUCUUGCAAGGCAACCAAUCUUCUUGGCAACAGUUCUACGACUGUGAUGUUUUUGAACGUGCAGUAUCCACCUGAGAUAGUCUCUUCAAGCGGAAAUCUUACAGUUAACGAAUCUUUUGAAACAAACCUGUUUUGUAUUGCUACUGGCAAUCCUUCACCUAGCAUACUGUGGAGCCUUCCAAACGGGUCCAAUAACGGCCAAUUCCUUACGUUCAAGAAUACGUCAAAAAGUCAGCAUGGUAGAUACUCUUGCAAGGCAACCAAUCUUCUUGGCAACAGUUCUACGACUGUGAUGUUUUUGAACGUGCAGUAUCCACCUGAGAUAGUCUCUUCAAGCGGAAAUCUUACAGUUAACGAAUCUUUUGAAACAAACCUGUUUUGUAUUGCUACUGGCAAUCCUUCACCUAGCAUACUGUGGAGCCUUCCAAACGGGUCCAAUAACGGCCAAUUCCUUACGUUCAAGAAUACGUCAAAAAGUCAGCAUGGUAGAUACUCUUGCAAGGCAACCAAUCUUCUUGGCAACAGUUCUACGACUGUGAUGUUUUUGAACGUGCAGUAUCCACCUGAGAUAGUCUCUUCAAGCGGAAAUCUUACAGUUAACGAAUCUUUUGAAACAAACCUGUUUUGUAUUGCUACUGGCAAUCCUUCACCUAGCAUACUGUGGAGCCUUCCAAACGGGUCCAAUAACGGCCAAUUCCUUACGUUCAAGAAUACGUCAAAAAGUCAGCAUGGUAGAUACUCUUGCAAGGCAACCAAUCUUCUUGGCAACAGUUCUACGACUGUGAUGUUUUUGAACGUGCAGUAUAAACCUAGGCUAAAUAGAACUGGUCGUGCAGCGGCAAUCGGCUCAUGGCUUCAUCACAAUUCGUCAUUGACCUGCCAAGCAGUUGGAAAUCCGAGACCAAAGAUCACUUGGUCAAAAGACAGAAACGUACUGCUAAAUGGGAGUAGGUCUGCCAGCAUUUUUAUUAUUCCUCGUGAUGACAAGGAUUUUGGUAACUACACUUGCACGGCAAGUAAUGCUCUUGGAACAGAUGCAUUUCACGUGAAGGUAGUGAGAACAGCAUUUCCUCCAGCAGCACCAGUCAUAUUAAACGAAGAGAAGCACCUCACCAAUCGUUCUUUCACCCUUCGCUGGAAAAAGCCUGCCGACAACGGAAGACCCAUUCUACGAUACUUGGUAUUUUAUCGAGAAGUUCACGUAAAAGAAAAGAAACAGAAAAAUGUGUCUACGAACCUUUGUACUUUAACCCUGAAGUGGGCCAAGACCUACGAAUUUACUGUGGUGGCAGAGAACGACCAAGGACAGAGCAAAAACAGUAAAAAAAAGAACUUCACUGUCAUACCUGAACCGACAAUGCCAACUUCCGAAGCCACAUCUCCUAGUAAGGCAACUUCAGACUCUAUGUCUAAGAAGCUUAUAUACGGUGGUGCGGCUGGUGGCGCUGCUCUGUUCCUGGUUAUAAUAGUAACCAUUGUAUGUUGCAUCAAAAGAAAGCGUAUACGUAAUACAGAUCCACAUAGAAAUCAAGUUGUAGCAAACUGGACCGAGCUUCAGUCCUGGUCACCCAGACGCAGCGCGAAGACUUCUCCGAGGGUUGCCACUGCAAACAACUACAAUGCGAUGCCUCAGCCACGAGUUCCAAGCAGAAACGAAAGUGGACAGAAAAGGGUCAACCAUGUUCCAUUAAACGCCAUAUAUAGCAAUGUUUCAUGUUUAGAAGAAGAGAUUCCCGACUGGGAGUUCCCACGCGAGCAGGUUCACAUACAGAAGUAUGUCGGCAAGGGAGCAUUCUGUGUGGUGGCUCAAGCGUUCGUGGAGGGACUUGGGACUGUCGCUGUCAAAAUUCCCAAAGGUGCGUUAUAGACACAUUCCAGAAAACUAGACCAGUUGGGGUUUUGAAACAAACAUGAAACGAAUUGAAAUAAUUGCCGUAAGGUUUGAAAUAUUUACAAUCCAUAGCGGGAUAACUUUUAAAUUCUUAUCUCAGGUUUGGUGAAAAUGACUUGACAAUGAAUCACAACUUCUCGCUUCCAGAUUUUCACGCUUUGUUUAAUAGCUCUUAGCAAAAAUCAUAAAAUCCACGAUCUUUCUAACAAAAACUUAAACACAAUAGACAGGUACCGAAUUAGGAGUGCUUUCACUUCGUUUAGACUGUAAGAUGUUUAUGUUUUCCAAAUACGUUUCCACUCAGUUACUUCAUAUAGAUG